AUACCGAUGGAUAUUAAUUUCGCUCGAGACUUCCGAAGGAAUACCUUUAAUAACGUGACGACCGUCUGCGUGGACCUCGUGUACCAUUAACAUACCGACAAACGGACGUAGACUACACACUGUAAAGUAGUAUAAUAUUUGAGACGAAUAUGGUUGAGUACGUUAACGUAUUUGGCCUCUUCCACGCGACACGAAAACAACUAUACGUAAGUGCAGCCGUUUUUACGGUUGUCAUUAUUUUGAUAAUUGGCCUCUCCGUUGGACUCUCUGGUAAGGAUGAACCCUCUCAUCAUGAAGAAAUAAGUUUUAAUGGAAGAGACGCUCUCGACCAUGCACCACUCGUUGAUGGACAUAACGACUUGCCAUGGAAUCUUUAUGCAUUGUUAAACAACAGAUUGUCAGCUUUCAAUUUCGCUGAGGAUCUUAGCGAAGAUUCCGUAUGGGGCAAAGCUAACUGUCCCUCAUGCCAUACAGAUUUAUCACGGUUAAUAACAGGAAAAGUGGGAGCCCAAUUUUGGGUGGCGUAUACAUCAUGCAGCUCGCAAUACAAGGAUUCGAUACAACUGACAUUGCGUCAGAUUGACGUGAUUAAAAGAUUAAUUAAUAAGUAUUCAAGCAAUUUGGAACUUGUUAUUAACUCUUUUGAUAUAGAAAAUGUUUGGAAAUCUGGAAAAAUUGCCUCUAUGAUAGGUGUCGAAGGUGGACACUCUAUUGACUCCAGUUUAGCUGUUUUGAGACUCUACUAUGAACUUGGUGUUCGGUAUCUAACCUUAACGCACAGUUGCAAUACACCAUGGGCCGAUGCAUCUCCUAUCGGUAACAGUUAUUUGCAUAACUUGACAGAUUUUGGUGUUAAAGUGAUACACGAGAUGAACCGAUUAGGAAUGCUCGUCGAUUUAUCUCACGUCUCUCACAACGUGAUGAGACGCGUCCUUGCUGUCACAAAAGCUCCUGUUAUUUUUUCCCAUUCGUCGGCCUUCGCGAUUUGCAAUAAAUACAGAAACGUUCCAGAUGAUGUUCUGCAAUUAGUGAAAAAAAACAACGGUAUUGUUAUGGUGAACUUUUACAGCGGAUUUGUGAAUUGCAAUGACUUGAGGAAUGCAACAAUGCGGGACGUUGUAGAUCACAUAAAUUAUAUUCGAAACUUAAUCGGUGUAGAUCAUGUCGGCAUUGGUGCUGAUUAUGAUGGAGUCGACAAGAUGCCCGAAGGAUUGAAUGACGUUUCAAAAUAUCCUGACCUAUUCGAUAGACUGCACACCAAUGUAGAUAAUGAACCUUACUGGAGUCAGGAGGAUCUCGAAAAGUUAGCUGGACGAAAUUUUAUUCGGGUCUUUUCAGCCGUGGAAGCAGUGCGUGACAGUUUGUCAUCAGAAGCACCUUACGAGGAUAUAAUCGACAGACAAGAAUUGUAUAAUGCUCAAUUAUCUGAAAACUUGACUCCUGGAGAAUGUCAAACUGCCAUUGAAUGGAAUUCUAUAAUUACCACCACAACGGAGGGGACAAAUACGAUAGGUUCAAGUUCCGUAGAGCCAUCAGUUUCAACUUCCGAAGAGCCAUCAGUUUCAACUUCCACAAUUUCAUCAGAUCAAACUACGGUUACUCAGUGACAUGAGCAUUUAUGUGCAUGUCAAAUAAUUUCUUUAAAAAUUAAAAAUUAUAUCAAUAGAUUAACAUUAUAAACAAAACGCAUUAACAACAUACUUAUAAACAAGUAUAUCGAUAUUAA